AUGGAAGCUCCUGAAGAUGCACAGAUACUGCAUAAUCUCAUUGCUCUAAAAGACAAGGAGCUAGCAAACCUCAAGGAGGAAUUGGAGCAACUCGACAAGAAUGCUCGGACCGCAGCCAUGUUCGGCAAGCAGCUCUUGGAACAGAACCAGGAGCUGUCUAUUGAAAUGGAUAGACAGUCUAAAACUAGGGAAACUCAAAUUGAGGAACUUGAGCAGGAGACCUAUGCCCUACGUGGCAAGGUCAAAGAAUUGACGUUAGCGAACAAGUCUCAACAUGAAGAUAUUGAAACCCUUGAGCGAACACUGAAGCAGGAGGAGUUGGACAAGCAGCGCCAUCUGGAACUAGAGCAUGGUGCACGUGUCGAGGAACUGAGACGGCAGCUUGAGACGACGGCCGGUGAGGCGAAGGAGCGGGAGAUGAGGCUGCAGGAGCAGCUGCAGGAGCAGCAGCAGGUUGCAGAGAAGCUGAGACUGCAGCUGCAGGUGCAGCAGAAUGAAACGCAGCAUAACCUGACACUGCAGUGCGAGAACGAUGAGCUGAUCGCUCUCCAGAUAACGUGCAACGAUCUGCGCACCGAGAAGGUUGUCCUGGAGGGCAAAGUAUCAACUCUUGAAACUGCCAUUGCAAAACUUCAAGGAGAGCUCAUACACGUGCAGAAGGCGCUGGAGAGGCGCGAGGAAGAGUUGGAGUCAGUUAAGAUUGAAAAUGCGAGCUCUCGUGGUCAAGUAGAGAUAUAUCUCAACUAA